AUGGGCCCGCAGCACUCCACAGAUCGCCAAAACGCUGCUUCGACGCCGCGCCUUCUCGGCAGACUCGGCGCGUCCAAUCCGCGAAGCGGCGCCGGCCGCCGGCGAGGCAGCACUGAGAAGCGGAAGGCCAGCAGCAGCGACAGAAUUAAUAAUGGCGCAGGUGAUAAGCGUGAGAGCAGCGCGACACAGCCGGCUGGCGGAAGCAGCGCGGUGUCGAGCAGCGGAGUUUCGGCCACCGGCGGAGUAACGGAUCAGAAAGUAAACGAGGUGAAGGCGACGGUGGCGGCGGUUGGCGGGAAAUGGGGGAUAAGAUCCCGGCAUCGUAGCUCGAGCGCGGGGAACAGCGACGAGCUACGAUUGGGCGGCGAUGUGAUUGUAUCGAAGGGAUCGGAUAAACCGCGGCAUAGUUCCGACGCGGUGAUGGUACCGCGAUCCGCGAGCUCCGAGAAACCAGCCGCCGGGAAAGGCGGCGGAGAAGGAGGAGUUCCUCGCGCAGCGUCUUACAGAGUGGAUAGCGCUAGCGCUGCGGUUGCUUCCGCCUUGGCGGACAAUAGGGGGGACAGUGGCGCGGGGGGAGCUACGGCGGGUGACAGUGUCAGUGGUGGUUCUGGCGGAGGGGAAAGACCUAGAAGUGGGGGGUCGGCGGAAGGAGGGCGGAGCCCGUGGCGGAGCGCAGUUGUAGGGGCCGUGGGGGGGGGAAGGACGGGGAACGGCGUAGGGACGCUAAGAGAAGGUGACAUAGGCCCUCGUCCCGAUAUAAGCGCGCGCGAUAGUGGCAGCCAAGCUUCGAAUCAAGCGCAGCAGCAGCAACGGCAAGUGUCGCAGAAGGAGCUGCGCGCGGCGCAGAAGGAGCAGCGCAUGCAGCAGAGACAGGCGCGCGCGCUGCUGCGCAAGCACGCGGGCGCUCAGUCCGGCGCACAGGCCGGCGCGCAAAAAGGCUCGCACCAGCGCUCCGCCAGCGGAGGCGUGCCCAGCAGCAGAACCGGAGGAGGAGGAGGCGGACGCGGAGCGGCAGGGGGACGAGGCGGAGGAAGCGGAGGGGCGGGGGGCAGGGGAAGCCACGUGACGGAUAAGGUGUUGUGGCGGUUCGAGGUGAAACCGGGCGGCGGCGGCAGUGCCACGUCAGCGACAUCCACCCCGUCCCCGUCCAAACCCGUCCAAUCACACGUCGCAGGGUCCCUCCCUGCCACACCAGGCAGAUCUGCCGGCCAAUCAGGAAGCAGCAAAGGCAGCGGCGGAGGAGGAGGAGGGGCAGAAGCCGCAGGAGGAGGGAGCUCGUUACUGGGACAGCGGACGUUCAGUGGGGUGUCAGUCUCAUCAUACGUUGGCCUUCCCCCCUCCGCCUCUAUGCCCGGCCCCUCCUUUGGCGGCCAAUACAGCGGCACGCUCAGCGAUCCGGGCGGGCCGGGUUACGGCGGUUACCACCACCGCGCCAUGCCGUCUGACAGCAGCAUCGACAGCUGGCAGGGCGGCGGAAGCGGGCUGAUCCACGGCCUCGCUCCUGCUGCUGCUGCCGGCGCCGCUGCUGCUGCUUCUCCCGGCGCUGCUGCUUCUCCUGGCGCUGCUGGUGGUUAUGCAGGUGGUGGUUUUGGUACGGUGGAUGGUGGUGCAGGGGCAGGGUACGGUGUGCCCCCGUUCUCCCCCCACGCGCUCUCAACGCUCUCAGGCAGCCGCUCGGGCAAUUUCUCAGGAGCGCUCUCUGACGCCGGCGGCAGUCCCUUUGGGUCGAUGCCUCGUGGCGCCUUUGCUGCUGCGCCCUCUGCAUGGUCGGGCGGCGCAGCAGCACCAGGAGCAGGAGCGACAGCAGCAGGGAUGGUGGGAGGGGGUGACAGUGUUGGCAAUUUGUUGCGCCUGGCACCGAAUGAGCUCAUGGCUGCUCUCAUGCAGCAGCAACCGGGCAUGAUGCCGCCCUGCCCGCUACAACCCAGUCUCUUGCAGCCCAGUUUACUCCAGCCGAAUCAGCUGCAGUCAAGUUUGCUACAACCGAGCCUGCUGCAACCGAGUUUGUUGCAACCAAGUCUGCUACAAGCGUUGCAGCCCGGGCCUAGCACCCUCUCUGCUUCUGCUACUGCACCACCAGCUGCACCAUCCACUUCCUUUUCCGAGCCUGCUGCAGCUGGUUUGGGCGCAGCCAUACCUGCAGGCACGGAAGCUAACACUUACACGUAUUUGGGUGGGAACAGAGAGGAGGACGAUGGGCCAGGGAGAGAUGCUGACGUGGAUUCUGUGGAUGAUGACAGGGAUGAUGAGUCACAGGACGAAGGUGCUGAGUCAGAGAUUGAGGGAGAGCGAGUAGAGGGAUUCCGAGCCACGAUAAGGGCAAAGGCAGGGAUAGAAGAUGGGCUCAUGGCCUUCAGACAAGACAAGAGCGAGAACGCGAGUGAGAGCUGUGCGGUGCUGCUGGACGCGCUGUUGGACAUCUGCGAGUCCACCUUCGGCUUCAUCGCCUCCAACUUCCGCAUGCCCCACGGCGACCCCUGCCUCAAGACCCAUGCCAUAACAAACAUUCUCUGGACCGACAAGCUAAGGACGUGGUUUGCCGACCACUCGGCGGCCGGUCUUGUCUUCACAGAUGUGGCUGAAACAGGCCUCUUUGGCCGGGCGGCGCUGAGGGGCGAGGCGGUAUGGAGCGACGACCCGCCAGCUGGCAGCCUGCCCAAGGGGCAUCCACGUGUCAACACUGCAUUCGCCAUGCCUCUCAUCUGCGGCACAGCCAUAGUGGGCGUGGCGGUGGUGGCGAAUCGCAUAGGCGGGUACAGCCACGGGCUGCUGCGCGCCGUGCAGCCGCUGCUCUCCCUCAUGGCCUCGCUGCUCUUCUGCCUGCACUGGCGCAACGACGGUGGCAGGGACCUCAGAAGACGAGUGCUCAGCCUUGUACAGGACGGGCACAUAGACGUGGACGGCAGGGGGCACAUCACAUGCAUGGAUGCUGCUGCCUGUGCUAUCUUUGGCGUCAACCCCCUCACUGCCGCCCUCAUGGCUGCUGCACCCGCCAUGUCAGCAACAGCCGCCACGUCAGCGACGGACCUUGCCAGCGAAGCAGACAGCGCAGCGGUUUCUGCAGAAGGAGAGGGAGCAGCUGCGUCAGCAACGGCACCGGGGGCGGUGUGCCCGCCCCUUGGCCAGCUGUCAGUUGCUGAUUUGUUCGCUCGGAUCGGGGACCAGCCAGUCACAGCAGACGUUGACGUGGAAGCCAUUGCACAGCAGCUGCAGACGCCCCACCCAGCACAGCAGCAGCAGCAGCAGCAGCAGCAGCAGCAGCAGCAGCAGCAGCAGCAGCAGCAGCAGCAGCAGCAGCAGCAGCAGCAGCAGCAGCAGCAGCAGCAGCAGUGA